AAUUCUAAUCCUGUUUCUAUACCUAUUUUAUCCAGGUUCCCAAACAUACCCUAACACGCCCUUCAGGUACGUUAGGUUUUCUCUCACAAGUCACAACGCUGCUCCCUCUUCCUUUCUCAAGAAAAUCAUCCCUUGAUGGGUAGCAGAAAGCUGGUUCGAGAUCUAUACCUCUCCAAACAGCCCCUGCUUCUCCAUCUACUCUCUUCUCAACAGGCUUCAAGUGCAAGGCUACGAUUGAUAUCUCCAAAUGGAUGUUCUGGUUAUCGUGGAUUCAGUGUCUUCAAUGAGUUCUCCAAUAAAAUAAAAGGCGAAGUUAACAGAAAUUCAGAAUUUCAACAAACAGUCAAGGAGCUGAAGGAGAAAGCAGAGGAGCUCAAAGGGGUGAAAGAAGAGCUGAAAGUUAGAACGAAGCAGACAACAGAGCAGCUGUACAAGCAUGUGGAUGGCGUGUGGACGGAGGCUGAAGCUACAGCAAAGAAGGUUUCUGCCAAUGUGAAGGAGAAGAUUUCAGCGGCCACAGAGGAUGUCAAAGAGACUUUUGGGAAGGGGAAGCAAGAAUUUUCAGAAUCUGCUGGUACUUCAGCUAAAUCUGAAGCUGAUGUUAAAAAUGGAAGUAGUUCACCUGGUGAAGAAAAACACCAUAAGUCUGGGCCUAGUGAUACUGCAGAAACAUUAUUUGGAAAAUUUAAGUCAAGUGUCUCCACUGUAUCUCCUAAAGUUUCUCUAGCCUUUGAGAAAUUGAAGGAAGCAAAAGUUCUUGAUUUAGCCAAGAAGGGGUAUGACAUUGUAAAGGAUGAGUUGAGCAGUAAUCCAAGUAAGAGAAAGCAAAUGCAACGUGCAGCUUCUUCUGCAUCACCAGGUGAAAGAAGUACAAAAACAGACAUCGUUAUUGUACCCUCAAAGCAAUCUCGAUGGAGUAAAAAAUGGGAGGCACUCAAAGAUAAGAUGCAAGGUCAUCCUGUAUUCAAGCGUAUCAGUGGAUUCAGUGAACCUGUUGUGACCAAGGGUCAGGAGUUGGCAGAAGAUGUGCGUGAAAGAUGGGAGACCAGUGAUAACCCUGUUGUGCACAAAAUUCAGGAUCUCAAUGAAAGUGUCUUUGGAGAAACAGCUGCUGCAAUGUCAUUUAAAGAAAUACGUCGUCGAGAUCCAUCUUUUUCCUUACCAGACUUUGUGUCAGAGGUUCAGGAGGUGAUCCGGCCAGUCCUUAAUGCUUACAUUAAGGGAGAUGCAGAAACUUUGAAGAAGUAUUGUAGCCCAGAAGUUAUUGAGCGAUGUAAAGCUGAACACGGUGCCUAUCAAACCAUGGGUAUCAUUUUUGAUAACAAGAUUCUACAUAUAUCUGAUGUGGAAGUAAGAGAAACCAAAAUGAUGGGAACCAGUCCCAUAAUUAUUGUCGCGUUCCAAACACAGCAGGUGUACUGUGUACGCAGUGCAGAUGGCUCCAUAAAAGAAGGGGGCAAGGAUACAAUCCACACUGUGUACUAUGCAUGGGCCAUGCAACAAGUGGAUGCAGAGGAACUUGGGGAAGGGGCUAUCUACCCAAUAUGGAGGCUAAGAGAAAUGCAACAGCUUGGUGUCCAAGCCCUCAUCUAGCUCUUUUAUAUUCCCAUCUUGCAAAUGGAUGUUGUACCGAUUCAUUUUCUCUGGGUUUUGUUAUUUCACUGCCAGGGGAAAUUCUAAUGAGCUAUUUCCUCAUUAUUUUGUUAAAAAUAAGGAACAUGAGUCUUGCAAAUUCAUUAAUUCAAGAGAAAGGUAUAUUUACUUGUUGCCUGAA